UACAGGAGCGACUUGCGCGCGCGGUCAGCAUCAGAAUCAGCCAAUGAGAGGAAUCACGCUGCUCAUUCAUAGAAAGACACGAACGUGCUGUAUUUCACAGCUAUCUUUGCACAGGGUGAUUAGAACAGAUGUAACCUGUUGCGCUUUGAUCGCCAUCGACUUCUUUGAAGAUGUCUUUUUCUUCUUAUAAUCAGAUUCAAAUUGAAAAAAUGUUCCAUUUUUCUUAUGUGUCAAAGAUAUCGCACUGUCGCGUAAAAUAGUGAGCAAAAACAUCUUUGGAAUUAUAUACAAUGGAGAAAAACAAUUCGACAGUGGCGGGACCAAAUGAACAAUUUAUCCUCAUGCCAGUGUGGCAACAAGUGAUAUUUAUAGCGGCAUAUGUGGUGAUGAUCGUGGUGGCGGCCGGCGGCAACCUCGCCGUCAUAUGGAUUGUGAUGGCACACAAGCGGAUGCGUACCUUCACCAAUUACUUCCUGGUAAACCUGGCGGUGGCCGACACGUUAAUUUCCCUGUUUAACACUGCGUUUGUGUCCACUUUUCUAAUUUACCAGGACUGGUGGUACGGAGAGGCUUACUGUAAAUUCUGUAACUUUAUUAGUAUUUGUACUCUUGCGGCCAGUGUCUUGACGUUCAUGUCUAUUGCAAUCGAUAGGUACCUGGCCAUUAUCCACCCGUUGCGGCCGCGUCUGACGGUGCGGGUUGUGCUAGCCAUUGCUGUGAUAUGGCUGGUUUCUGUAGCUUUGGCUAUCCCUAACUUAAUCUAUGGCAAGACCAUGGAAUUUCAGGGCCGUGUCCUCUGCUUUUUGAGAUGGCCAGAUUUUCAUCUAGAAAAGCCCUCGAUGUUAGAUUUCGGAUAUAAUUUAUUGAUUAUGAUCGUAACGUACGUCCUUCCGUUGGUGACGUUAACAGUGACGUACGCCAGAGUUGGAAUGGAGCUUUGGGGGAGCCGGGCAAUAGGGGAAAACACGCCAGUCCAAUACGAAAGGAUCCGCUCCAAAAGAAGGGUGGUGAAGAUGAUGAUUGUGGUGGUGGUGACUUUCGCCGUUUGCUGGUUACCAUACCACGUCUACUUCCUCCUACAGUCCACGAUCACAGACAUUAACAACUGGGAGCACAUGCAGAAUGUUUAUAAUGUGAUUUACUGGCUCGCUAUGAGCAACUCCAUGUAUAAUCCUAUCAUCUACUGUUGGAUGAAUUCUAGAUUCAGACAUGGUUUCGUCAAACUGUUUUGUUGCUGUCCCUGCAGAGUAUGCGCAAAGCUCAAGGAUGGAUCCAAACCCGGUAUGCUCCCUGUCACAUUAUUCCGAAAUAGCUCUAAUGCUUACGCAUUAACAGACAAACACCAGGGGAAUGGGUCUACAUUGUACACUACCACCGAGUCGGUGGAUGAUGCCAGUUCUUCACCUGUCAAUCACAAGAAGGGGCGGAGAAAUAGUGCUGAAUAUUUAUGAGUACUGUUUAACAAAACCCAUCAAUGCUAUUUAUUCACUGUUUUGCACUGUGUAAAGAAGUGUAUAUUUGCUAUAUUCCCAUUAGGAAAACAAAACCAAAAAAAAAAUAUGCUUGAAAUCCGUCAUUUUGAACGUGUGACUGAAAUUGAAACUUUGCACUUCUAAUACUCGCAGAUUUCAAGACGUGGCGCUUUACAAGUUCUUGUAAGAAAGAUUACAAUCUUGUACCAAUUACAAGUUAAUCCACCUCGUAUGGUAGUCAGUGGUGUAAUCUUAGGUCAGUUUUUCUUGUGUAGAACACAUAAUUGUGUAUUCCGAGCAUGUCGAACACACUGUACAUUAGUCGCUAAGCUUAGAAGUGAACUUUUAACUGCUUUAAAAGCCGCAGACUAAUACAUGUAUGUUAUAUGUACAGCUCUCUAUCAAUGCGAUAUUGUAUGGAUAAAUGUUUAAAAAGCGCUAACUACAUAUGUAUGACUUUCUCAUACCUAUUGUCAGCUCCUAUCCCUUCAUACUUAUUGUCAGUUGCUUUUUGUAUCACAUGCUUUAACAAUAUUCGGACAUGAUUUUCUUGAUCGUGAUACCAUUUCCUGCUUAUCUAAAUGAUCUUAUGAAAUGUCGCUUCUCGUAGCGUACUAGAAAUGACUGUUUUUGUGUAAACUGUUUCGUGAAGAUGGUGUUUCUGUAUUAACUGUAGCGUUCUUGUAUGUAUUUUAUGUUGACUGUAAAUUAUUUUUAAAAUGUAAUAUUGUAUACAGAUAAGAAAUGCCAUAUAAGAAGCACGUGGGUUGGGGAGGGGUCUCUAAGAAUUAAUGUAUUCAUGAACUUAUUCUAUAUUUGCUUCAUGCGAAAAUAAACAGUCUAUUUAAGUAGCUGCACGUUAUGCUUAUUUUGAAUCAUGAAUUAAAUUUACAUAUGAAAUAUGUUAUUUAGAUAUUGUUUGCUAUUUCUUUCAGAAACAGUUGACACGGCAAUUUACGAUUCACUUAUUAAGAGGGCAGGCGUUAAACGCGUGCAUUUUGGUAACAUUCCAUUAUCGACUUUAAAUACUAGGUGAUCACCACUAGGGGGCUCUGGACGAACGGAGGAGUAAUUGUGUGCCGAGUGGCAAUAUAUGUACAAUCACUGGCUUCAGAUGAGCCCAAAAAUUGAUAUUAUGUAACACGGAGUACAUUAUUGUAAAUGAGUGCUCUCAUUUCCCCUCAUUUUCGAACAUGUUUGACAAUAAUCAUCAUAGCGUGUUUUGAGCAUGUUAAGAGUGUUGGCAUUCCCAUUAUUGGUUUGCUAGAAUGUUGUAGAUCAGUGCUGAUUAGAUUGUGUGAUGGAAAUGCUUAUCUAACACAGCAACCACGGUCACGCAGAAACACACAUAAACGUCAUCUGUAUAGUCAUUGUGUUGGUGAAAUGAUUCUAAUUAUCAAAAGAAGUUGGUCUAUCCAAUAUGGAACAAGAAUUAAUAUGUCAUGUGAUUUCUAGUAAAGUCGUCUUUUGAAUUGUUCUA